AUGAAGACAGCUAAGGACAAGAGCCCAUCCGCUCAGAGCUUGGAACCCGACGCUGCCCGGAUACCGUUGCUGGAACAAAGCACCUCCGAGGAAUCAAGAUGGAAUUGUCCCCAGGAGCGGCCACCGAAUCCGUCCCCGCCGCAGUCACCUCCUCCGGCGUACUUCCCGGGCCCCCAACUUGUUCAAAAAGCUGUGUUCACCGGCAUGCCUACGAUAGUGUCCGCCAUACCCGUUCAGUUACCGUGUCCGUACUGCGGGAACUACAUCAUCACGGUGACCACCCCGUCCCCCGGGAUCCUCACCUGGCUGCUGUGUACCGGCCUCUUCAUGUUCGGGUGUGCCCUGGGCUGCUGUCUCGUCCCCUUCUGCGUGGACAGCUUGAUGGACGUGAAGCACUCGUGUCCAGUGUGCCGCAGCGAACUCUUCCGCUACAAACGCUUGUGA